UCACGCCAACUGGGAAACCUUUCAAGUUCCGUUAGUUCAAAAGCAGUGACAUUGGUAGAGCAAAAUGAAUAAAAUUGGGUUGGAGUGAACGGCUCCAAGUGCCAAUUCCCUAUUGGUGCCUUAAUGCCCACAAAAUAAUUAUCAGGUAUCCCACAAGAAAACUGUUUGACACAAGGCAGGAUUUGAAGCGGUUUAUCAAAAGAGUACAUUUGCUCUUUUUUGUAACCAAUGAAAAAUUGUAAAUAAUUGUGCCGAAAAUACCACUAGAAUUUUAUCUUAUUUCCUGUUUUUGUUAAAAUUUUGAGGCUAAACCUUAAAAUUAACAGUUCAUUUUGCAAAUUUUUCAAAUUAUUCAAAGUUUCCUGCUUUCUAAAGCAAAUUAAUCGACAAAUUGGAAUCCUAGGUUCAAGGAGGGACGAUCAAGGAACUGUUUUAAUCUCAUUUUUGAUUGCAAAUGAUACGUUUUGUGGCUGAUUAUCUUGGGUUAACAAUCAAGUAUUAUUUUUUUUAAAUUACUUUUCCUCCAUUUCAUUUUCUGAUUUUCCCAUUUCAAUCAAAUCGAAUUGUAAUUAUCACCACAUAAAAAAAUACAAACAUUUCGACCGCUCUUCGAUUGCUGGCAGUACCCUGCAAUCCGUAUCUCAUACAAAGUUUGACACGGUUAAAUUGAUACCAUGUGCUGAGAACUAUUUAUUCAACUGUUAAACCAGCCUAAAUUUUACCCUAUCUAUCGAAACCCGUUGAGUUAACAUUCAAGUUCAACCCACUUAUAAACAAAAGCAGGUGUGGGAUUUAAACAAGCCCUCCUCUUUUGUAGGGAAUUGAGCUAAUCUGUUGGAAUCACUUGCAAACCAGUUAUUAACUGUAUAUUAAAGACAACCGAUAGACGGAAAUUGUUUAAACGACAUGCAUUCAGUUUCUUCCUUGUGCUUCUUCGGACUAAUGAGCAUUUCGGUGUUGUGGGAUCCCGCUACUUCGAUGCAGUCGGGAAGCAGAACCGAGCGAGAGGUUGAUACUUCUGACGACAUCAGUAAUCAGAUCGAUGACGACAAUUUCUUUGACAGCAAUGAGCACGGAAUGGAGGAGUUAUGUCUCUCGAUUGAUAAGUCUCAAAUAUUCUCCAGUGAUCCGAGCCUUUAUUUGGCGACAGUUCCCGACGAUAUCGAGACAGUGGAAACCUCCAUCCUCAUGGCUGCCUCUCAGAAUGUGGACUACAGACUACGACCCGGCAUGAACAAGCGUACUCUUGACGUGGAUGUUUCCAUUUGGGUGUACAAUAUUGGACCCAUCUCAGAAACAAAUAUGAACUUCCGCAUUGACUUCUACUUCACCCAGUCGUGGGUGGACGAGAGACUGGACUUCCGGCGCUUCGUGUGCAACCAGACCAACGUCACUUUCACGAUCACGCGGGAACAGCCGCUGUGGACUCCGGACACCUACUUCCCCAAUGCACUGGAGGCGGAGACCCACUCCGUCACCCAGGAGAACAGGGCUGUCUGGCUUAGGAGCGACGGGAGGGUCACCACAAGCACAAGGCAUAUAUGCUGCAAUGAUGAUACUGGAACCUGA